AUGCAGGAAGAGAUGGAAAUGAAGAGCGGGAGCGCUGUGCGAUCAGUGCCAGCAGGGAGUGGGAAUGGUGCCUAUGAGAGCGUUACAUUGCGCCAGAAACAACAACUGGAGAGAUAUCUCAACUUCUUCUCAUCGGUCGCUUUUUCCACUUGCCUACUUGCCACCUGGGAAUCCGCCGGUGGUAGUUUGCUCUCGGGGCUCUACAACGGCGGCCCUGCAGCAAUUGUUUAUGGGAUUAUCUUAAGCACCGUGGGUAAUCUGGCCAUCGCAUGCUCUUUAGCCGAGCUUGCCUCUCUACACCCAACUGCGGGUGCUCAAUAUCACUGGAGCUAUUUCCUCGCGCCUCGUGGUCGUCGAUUCAUCAGUUUCUUCCAGGGUUGGGUGACUGUCUUCUCCUGGUCAGCUCUCGUCUGCAUCGCGCCAUACUUCAUCGGAACCCAAAUCCAGGGCAUGGUUGUGCUGGCGCACCCUGACUAUGAGCUUGUGAGAUGGCGUGGUACCCUGCUCAUGUGGGCAGUUGCAAUAAUACCAAUAAUCAUCAAUAUAUUUGCGCGUCGCGUUCUGGGAGGCAUCGAGGUUGCUGCGGGUAUCAUGCAUGUUGUCUUCCUGCCCGUUACCAUCGCAGUCUUCGUUAUCCUCGCCCCUCGAAAUCCCGACUCGUUUGUCUGGAACACUUUUGUCGGCGGCUUGAGUGGCUGGAAGGAUUCCGGAGUUGUAUUCUCCAUCGGUCUUCUUGGUGUCAUUACUCCCCUGGCUGUUGCAUCAUGCAUCUUCGCGCUCUCGUUCAUCCAGAUCGGGUCUACGGCUGCAUUCAACGCUAUUCUCUCGCUCAGCACGCUCGGUCUCUACAUUUCCUAUCUUAUUCCUCUCAUCCUCCUUGUCUUGAAGCGUUUCACGUCGCCCCAGGAUAUCCCGCAGGGAACAUUUAGUCUAGGGAAAUUCGGCCUCCCCAUGAAUCUUCUUGCUAUUCUCUUCGCCACUUAUUUCGUUAUCUUCCUUCCAUUCCCGGCUACGGUGCCGGUCACUGCGGAAAAUAUGAACUAUGCCGGGCCUGUGCUUGGGUUUGUUAUAUUAUUUGCCUGUGGGGAUUGGAUUGUUCGCGGACGGCAUAAGUGGGAAGGCCCAAAAAUGAGGUCUUAUGCUAGAAACGAGUGA